GGACAAACGCAACGUGCAAUCAUUUAUAGGCAAAGGCAUAGUUUGUACAGAAUAAUUUUUAUUACUUACUACACUAUUUUCCUAGAAAAUCUUUGUACCCGCCUACCAACAUUUCUCUAAGUUCCAAAUGGUGAAAGUAAUACAAUAAUGUUAAUGUUCCCUGCACACACACACAGACAUGAAAAUGAAUAGAAGCUGAAGAAGGCCACAUGCAAACCCAAAUUAAGGCACAUGCAACUUUCUUGAGCACACACCUUCUUUAUAUUUACAUAAACCCCUCCCCUUGCUCUCUCCUACAACCAUCUCAAACCCAAACACCCCCUCCUCCUCUUCUUCUUCUUCUGCUUCCAUCUCCUCCCAAGAACCAAGCAAACCAGCCACCGCAUUGCUCACAAGAUUCUCCACACAAACGAACACCACUAGCAGUCUAGCAUAACACAAUGCAUGCCCCAACAAGUAGUAGAAAGUUCAAGAAGGCAUUCAUGGAGCAGCUCCUGGUGAGCCUGCAGGUGGCCGGGCUCACGUCCAAGACCAUGGGCCUCCAGGAGCGCCGGGACGCCGUGCGGCUCUCCUCGGACGUGGCCAUGGCGGUCGCCAGGGGCCGCGCCGCGCCCUGGGCGCGCGCGCUCGUGGCUCGGCACGCCUCAGAACGGCGCAACGAGGCGCUCCUCCGCCGCAUCCUGGGCGGCGCCGGCUACGAGAGCGCGGCGGCCGCCGGCAGGAGCAGGAAGAUCGUGAGGAGGUCGCACGGCGCCUGCAGGAGGAAGAGGAUCAAGAGCUCUGUGAUGGCGGCGUCGAGCGGCAGCAAUGGCGGGGCAAUGGUGGCCAGGAGGAUGGUGAAGAAGAGGCUGCAGGUGCUCAGGAAGCUUGUGCCGGGAGGGGAGGCCCUCCAUGGCAGCUUCUCCUUGCUCAGCCAGGUCCUGGACUAUGUGGCGUGCUUGAAGACACAGGUGGAGCUCAUGCAACGCCUCUGCAAAGGAUCCCCAGCUGCUGCCUAAUUGAGGACCAGAUCAGGGGUAUGCAUAUAUGAUAGAUCCAUGCAGAGGCUGCCAGAAUUAUUGCAGACAUACAAAUAUGCAUGAGAGGUGGUGAGAGGAUCUAAUAUAAUUCCUCGAAGACACUUGUGCACAAAAAGCAAGAGGACUGGAAACUCCAGCCGUAUGUGUUGAUGGGAGAGAGCACAAAUGGCUCCGGGAGCAAACUUACUCUAGCUAGCUAAUAGUACUAGUAGUACCACUGUAAACUAUUUGUGCAAGUACAUGUCAGUGCAGUGCAAAGAGAUGGUUCUUGGUUUAGGCAUGUCUCCUAUAUAUAGCUAGGAUGAACAAGCCAAAAUCCAUAUAUUCGGUGAAAAGAAGUUUUGGUGUUAAUUAUCCAUUAAUUAUUACCAAAUUUUUGUUUCUUUGGGAGGGAGAAAUUAAUUAACCAUGCAUGUAGGUAUGUUGGUUCUCCAAUCUCAAUGGAAUGGAGGUCUUCUGAUGUUCAGUUUCAGUUGGUUUGCGCAA